GGGUCUGAGUGCGCCUGCGCAGUGGGCUCUACUCAGGGAGGCGGCGGCGACGCGCAGGAGGAAAGAUGGAAGACUACCAGGCUACCGAGGAGACCGCUUUUGUUGUUGAUGAAGUGAGCAACAUUGUAAAAGAGGCCAUAGAAAGUGCCAUCGGUGGCAAUGCCUAUCAACACAGCAAAGUGAAUCAAUGGACCACAAAUGUAGUAGAACAAACUUUAAGCCAACUCACCAAGCUGGGGAAACCAUUCAAAUACAUCGUGACCUGUGUUAUCAUGCAGAAGAACGGAGCGGGGUUACACACGGCAAGUUCCUGCUUCUGGGACAGCUCUACUGACGGGAGCUGCACCGUGCGAUGGGAGAACAAGACCAUGUACUGCAUCGUCAGCGCCUUCGGACUGUCUAUCUGACCGCCUCGUCCAGCCCGUGACCUCUCUCCUUUUGUCUCAGCCUUUCUCCUCCACCUUCUAACCACCAGCCAUCUAUUCACUGAACCCCUUUCUCAUUCUCUUUAAGUGUGUUUUUGGGCACUCUCAAAAUGUAGAGAAAAAACCAAAUAACUGCACUGUUCUGUGAGCAGCACGGCUACGUCAGAGGACUGGCUCACUGGAGGCAGGCCGGAGCCUUGACUGCCGCUCGUCUUAACUCUGAUUAUCUCUCUCCAAAGGUGCUAAAAGCCGACAUCUGCUAGUGUGGACUUUCUCUACUUUCUGAAAUGAUUCAAAUACACUAAUUUUCCAUACUUUGUACUUUUGUUAGAAUAAUAAAUUAUUCCAAUUUAAA